UCAUGCAUUACACUGGUACAUUAUAUAGACAUUCGGUCGUUUAUUAAGGAAAAUGUAAAGAAAAACAUGACCCUGAAAAGAGUAAAUCGGAAAGUACCGCGUGUUAACCAUAUGGUUUAUUGUUGCAAUUUCUUGGAAAGUAGAUGAAUAUAUGCACAGUUCUGUUUUUAGUUUUGUCAUUUGAACAUAUACAUGUAAAUGAAAAAGAAACAUCAGUCCAAGAUAGUAUUUCAUGGAAUCUUCACACCAAGCAUCCUGUAUUUAAAAGAGAUGUACAGCUUGAAUGUCAUAUUUCAACCAAAUUUAAAUGUUGCAACGAGUUUACCCGGAAGUGGUCAAGAGGGAAAAGCUAUGACUUAAUUGUAAUGAACGGUGUAUCCCUAAACACAGCAAAAUACAAAGAAUACUUAAAUAUUUCGGCAAAUACAUCUACUCUUACGAUAUACAAGUUCAGUGAAUACGAUGUCAAUAUUCCCUACGAGUGCUCAUACGGUUUUGAUUCUGCAAGCCAUAUUUUGGAAUUAACAGAAGAAAAUUUUGAAUAUCAUCCUGAGGAAAUGCUUCCAUACAACCUAACAUCUGACGGACAACAAGUUUUACUUAAUAUAACACUGAUGAAAGUUUACCCUGCUCCGAUAUGUACCGCUAUGUAUGGGAUAAAAGAUGUAACGAACAACUUAUUUAUUAAGAACGAUGAAAAUGGAUUAUUUUUACGAUCAAAUAUACGAUUCAACUAUACGAUCAAUUAUGUUUGUCAUAAAACUGUUGAAAUUUUCUGCAGAAUUGGUCAGACAAAAUUUGCUAUUGUAAAUGGUUCCCGGCCAUGUAUCAAAGAAAAAUCUGGCUUCCCUCUAAACUUAACAGAAAUCGUGAUUGUGACAAUUUGCUGUAUAAUGGUAAUCUUUUCCAUUACCAUUUGGAUAUCAUUAUUGGUGAAAUGUCUGCGGUCUGAUAACAGUAAUGUGCAUCAAUCAUCAAACAUAGAUGAUAACACCAUAUACUCAGAAAAUGAUAGCAAUAAUGACGAUACUAUCGACAUUCAACAACAUGGAAGUGUAGAAAUGCAAGAAGGGCUUAACAUGGAGCCGAUAGUACAAACAAAUGUAGUACAGGAUGUGCAACAAUCAGAUCCUUUACUUCAGCCAAGCGCUACUGCCGAGAAUAUUGUAACAUUAGAAGACGUAGAAGCACAUACAAAACCUAAAAGAAAACCAGUCAAAAAGAAAAAGAAAAAGAAAAAAUCAGCACGAAUCGAAAGAUGACAACCGAAGUUCAAUGUGACAAUUUUUAGUUGAGAAGAUUACCUCUAGGAGAUGACAUUGCGAAAGAGUUAUAGAUUCUUACGUAAAAAGUAAAACAUGAAUGAAUAAUGACAAUGUAGUAAAUGAUUUUUUUUAUCAGUUCUUCUGUUUAAUAAUGAACUGUCUGUAUAAGGUUUUUUAUUUAAUCAUACAUGUUUAUGCAAAUAAUAUUUCCAAAUGUAUAUAAUUACCUUGACGGUGAUACUUUUUAUGUAAAUUUUCCAAAAUUAACUUCUUAGUUGAAACACAGUUUUUUUUAACAGUUAAAUUGUUUAAUAAACGGGUUCACAGAUUUAAUUUUGCAAAACUCAACAUGACACAGACACUCACAAAUAGAGUGCUACACGUUGGAGGUAUACAUCUGGUAAUAAAUCUGCGGAACAAAAAUACAAUAAUCAAUAUUUUUGAUUUGGUAGAUAUUAAAAUACGGCUAGCAAAAGACUGUAUAACCGUCAAACGUAUACGCUUUGGUUAAAAACUUUCAAUUUGAAUACAAAAGCUGACAGGCAAACAUUUUUUUCUUAUUUGUUUAAUAUAAAUCCUUACAUACCGCUGACCUGGUAAAUAUAUAUUCUGUAACUGUAUAGUGAAACACAUUUACACAGGAAAGGUUGACCUUAGAUGGAUUUUUGUAUUUUUAGGUCCUGUUUAGUCAUAUACAUUGUAGCUCUUCAACUGUUAGGUUCGUAUAAAUACUUGGCUUUCAAAUAAUAGGCUAUAAUUGUUCCUGCAUGAUGGAGGUUGAUCCAGAAAAGCCCGUCGGAUUCAUGAUGUUUAUAACGGUUUGUUUUCAGUUUUUAAAACACUUGGUCAAUGCCUCUGCUGUUGGACUAUCAGUAGCCGAGGGUAUGCUCAGCUCAGUAGUCAGUACUUUGGUAUUGACAUGAUUUAUCAUGUUUAUAGAAAACUUUUUUUAAAUUGUCUGUUUAUAAAUUUUUAAAUUAUAAAGUUACUUAGGUUUCAUUUACCUCAGCCAAAGUUAUUUAUGUAUUUCAAAGUCCUUUUUGGUCGUAUAACUCUUCAAUUGCUUCGGUUCUUUUUUAACAUAUCUGGCUUUAAAAUACUGGUAUUUGUUUUGCGCGUUCCUGGUGAUAUAAAAUCCCGACAAAAAGCGCCUUAAACGCAAGACAUUUAUAACGUUUUGUUUUCAUUUGUCAUCAUCAUAAACUACAGUAAUCAACAUACUAUCAUCACAGGAAAAAGUUGAAACAAUCUGUACAUCUGAGACCAGUAUGAAUGUAUUUGCAACAAACACAAAUUCUUAUGUCAUGAUGUAUAUAAGCGUGCUGUCUCAUCUUUCUUAAAAA